AUGGGUACCACCGCCAGUACGGAUUCCGCAGACUCACCAUUUUCUGUACGGAGCGUGGACUCUUCUGGCGGUGGAGGGUGGCGGCAGGAGGAUCCCGAAAGGUUUCGAAAGUACAUGCAUCUCAAGUCACAAGCGGAUCAGUGGCGCCAACGGCACGGCCACACGCCGGGGGCCACAAGGGGCGAACUCACGAAGAACCUCAUCGAAGAAGUGUACGAAGAGGAUUUCGAGUCCGUGGAUCAUGUGCAGUCAAUGCGGUUGCCACCCAUGGUGCUGAAGGAGAUGAAAGAUGCCGUGGCGAAUGAGGCGGAGAGGCGCUGUGCGGAGACUGAAAAGGUCAUGGCGCGUUGCCUACAGGAUAAAAUGUGGACUUCGUGGAAGUGCCAGAAGGAGAGGGAUGCACUUUAUCAGUGUGUGGCAGAUAGGAAAGAAGACAAUGAACUCCUAAUGGCGUACCGUUGGAAGUAUAAUUUGGGCACUUUCCAUGGGGAACUGAUUGGGCGCAACAAUAUGAUGCGGCGCAUAUGGAAGGAGCAUUUCCCUGACCGUGAUUUACCACACCCAUGGGUAAAGGACGCUUAG